UCAAUGGGCAAACACUGUGUCCUGAUGUGCUAGUGCAUGCUGUUGCUCUGGCAAGUUUUUGCAACACCACGGGAUUCUUUAAGUUUUGGUUUCUUUUAGCCGCCACAGGUUCUGCUUGUCCUUUUUUACCAUCUCUUGAGUUUUCCCCAUCACUGAGUGUCUCAGAGGACGAGCAGAUUGUGGAGAAGAUCCAAGAUUUUUGUAACUUUUCUGCCGGCUACAUCCUUUUCAAACACAUCUCUCGUCUUGUAUACCCUCCUCUGUCUGUCCUAGCUUUGUGCUUUUAUUCCUUUUUACUCAUCAGACUUUUACACAUUUCAGUCCUAUCCCACAUACACACACACACCUCCCCUCAUUCUGGCCUCAUUCUCUUUAUUUAGCCCUGCCCUCCUCUUUCCCGUCUCCUUUACCUGUCCGGGAAGGACAAUACUGUUUUCUGUCAAAUUUGUCCCUACACUUCCACUGCACCAUUCCAUCGCUCUCCUAACCCCUCUGUUCCCCUAAUGGGCGCCAUAUCAGGCAACAGUGCCACAUUCCCUUCAGCGUCACUGAGAACCUCUCUCCACCCCUAACCGCCUCGCCAACACCAACAUCAACAUCAACACGACCCGAUGGAGACAAAAGAUAUGAUGCUGACAAGCAUGUUGACAAUGGACAAAGGGGAGAAUGAGGGAGAGAGGGAGAAAGGAAAAGAGGAGGUGGGGAGAGAAGAGGAGGGGACGCAGCAGGAAAAUGGCAAACUGAUGUUGGCUGAUGGUCUCGCAGAGAAAGGACCCAAGAGCCUGACCUAUGGCUCUGGACAACAGGUGUCCAAUGGCUUCCCCACAUCCACUCCUCAAAGUCCCAGGGAGGGGCCCGGGAGCGCGGCUUGCUCCGGAGGUACAGCCUCCGGGCCUGGAGGAAGCAGCGGGUCCUCUGUGCCGCUGGGGGGCCUCAGGACUCUGGUGGUCCAACAAACCAGCUUGGAGAGGCCCAGAGAAACUUGGAGCAAGAAGAUGGACUUCUUGCUCUCUGUGAUCGGCUACGCUGUGGACCUGGGAAAUGUCUGGCGCUUCCCUUACAUCUGCUACCAAAAUGGAGGAGGUGCCUUUUUGCUGCCCUACCUGUUGAUGGCGGUGUUUGGAGGCGUCCCUCUCUUCUACAUGGAGCUGGCCCUCGGCCAGUUCCACCGCAGCGGCUGCAUCUCCAUCUGGAAACACAUCUGCCCCAUCUUCAAAGGGAUUGGCUUUGCCAUCUGCAUCAUAGCCCUCUACAUUGCCUUUUACUACAACACCAUCAUGGCCUGGGCUUUGUACUAUCUACUAUCAUCAUUUCGGCAAACCCUGCCCUGGACCACUUGCACUAACAGCUGGAACACAGCCAACUGUAACCGUUACAUGUCCACCGACCACAAUGUGUCAUGGUCCAACUCCUCCACCUCCCCUGCCGAGGAGUUCUAUACUCGCCAGGUGUUGCAGGUCCACCUCUCCCCUGGCCUGCACCAGCUGGGCUCUGUCAGCUGGCAGCUGGCCCUCUGCCUGCUCUUCAUCUUCACCAUCGUCUACUUCAGCAUCUGGAAAGGAGUCAAGACGUCUGGAAAGGUAGUUUGGGUGACUGCUACCUUUCCCUACCUGGUCCUCCUGGUGUUGCUCGUCCGUGGGGCCACUCUGCCAGGGGCCUGGAGAGGCGUGGUCUUCUAUCUCAAACCCGACUGGGAGAAACUACUUAGCACUACAGUGUGGAUUGAUGCAGCAGCUCAGAUCUUCUUCUCACUUGGUCCGGGCUUUGGAGUGCUCCUUGCCUUUGCCAGCUACAACCCGUUUCACAACAACUGCUACAAAUGUUCUCUCUUACUCUGUCCUCCACCUACCCCAAACCUCUCCUUUCUGCAUCUCAGAGAUGCUUUGGUCACCAGCUCUGUGAACUGUCUGACGAGCUUUCUGUCUGGCUUUGUCAUCUUUACUGUGCUGGGCUACAUGGCUGAGAUGAGGCAGCAGGAUGUGGAUGCUGUAGCCAAGGAUGCUGGUCCCAGUCUGCUGUUCAUCAUUUAUGCAGAAGCCAUAGCAAACAUGCCUGCUGCUACUUUCUUUGCCAUCAUCUUCUUCCUCAUGAUCAUUAUGUUGGGUCUGGACAGCACGUUUGCAGGGUUGGAGGGAGUGAUCACAGCUAUGCUAGACGAGUUUCCCCACGUUCUGGCUAAGAGGCGAGAGUGGUUCGUCUUUGGCCUGGUGUGCGUCUGCUACCUCGGGGCUCUCUCCACACUCACAUAUGGAGGAGCGUUUGUUGUGAAGCUGUUUGAGGAGUACGCUACAGGCCCCGCAGUCAUCACUGUGGUCCUGCUUGAAGUCAUCGCUGUUUCCUGGUUCUACGGUACCAACCGUUUUUGUAAUGACAUUCAGCUAAUGCUUGGUUUCUACCCGGGUUGGUUCUGGAGAGUGUGCUGGGUGGCCAUCUGCCCCUGCUUUCUACUGUUUAUCAUCAUCAGUUUCCUGGCCUUCCCUCCAGAGGUUAGGUUGUUCAACUACCACUACCCACCAUGGACCACUGUCUUAGGCUACUGCAUCGGGGUGUCUUCAUUUAUCUGUGUGCCUGCUUAUAUGGUCUACUACUUGCUCAAUGCCAAGGGGACAUUCAAACAGCGUCUGUUAAAGAGUGUCACUCCAGAGCCUAGUGGCGACCAACACAGAGACUACAUUGUCACCAACGCAGUCUGACUAAACCCUGACCAAAAGAAAGUGCCACUCUAGCUAUAUAGAGCACCAUCUUCUGGACUAACUGCACAACCACAGGACAAGGGGGCUACCUUUCACCGCCUAUGCCUCUUCUUUCAUACAUCACCUACAUUUGUCUUUAGCUGUCUCACUCAGAGAUCUAGAAGUGGUGGAUUUAGGUGGAGCCAGGCUGCAGUGGCUUUGUUUAGCUUUGAUUUGUUUGGUUCCUUAUGCUAGUUCAGUUUUGAAGGAGUUCUCUGGUGUUGCAAACCCGUAUCUUCAGCAUCGACAUCCUCUCUCAAAUACGGCCACUCACAAGUUUCACCUAAGUCAUUAAGUGACGACCCUACCUUCAGGUUAUACAGUUGUAACAAAUUUUUUAUACAAUUAUAGAAAGUAUGAUGAAGGCCAGAUAGUUACAUUUAUGUCCUCUCAGUCUUUAUGGUUGCAUUUUGUUAUUAUGCUGUUAAGUUAUGCAUUAUAAUAUGUAGCAAAAUUCAGGUAUCUGUUACUGAAGCCAAAUAUAUGAUAUCUGUUCUCAUAUUUCGAAAGAUGUUUCAAUAUUGUAGCUGUCAUUAUGUUGUGUUCACUGUCAGCCUGUGUUUAUUCAGUGGCAUCUUGGACGAACGACGGAUUUGCAACAAGUUCCCUACACUGUGAAGCACUGUCUGGUAGUGACAUGAGUGUGUGUGCGUGUGUGCAAGAGUGCAUGUAAGUGCUUGCUUGUCUGUGUGUAUGUGUGUGUGAAAAAAAAAGACUGUUAUAAUGACUAGUGGAAAAAAUGGAUCACAGACGGAACUAACCAAGUGUAUUCAUCCUAUAACUGCAAUAUAAAAUGUGUAUUUAUUUUCUAAUGUAACAUUGCUGUCAUUUUGACCUCCCACACUUCAGUAUGAUGAACAUUACAUGUGACAUUUCAUGACAUAGUGCUGAUGGUCCUUGUUUAAUCACAGUGACAUCCUGCAUUCUGUUGUCAUACCGCGUAACUGUCAGUAAUAGAAACCAAAUAUGGAUCAGAGCUAAUAACAUUAUCAAUUGCAUAGUCUGAAAAUCAGUGUUACUGCUCUUUACUUUCUACCAAAAGAAAAAAAAAGUGCGUCUGUGCGUGUAUGCACAUGUGCCUGAAUGUGUGUUUCUGAGAGUGUAUGCUGGAGCAAGACUUAAAUAUGGGCAAGUACUGUACAUUUACAUGUGUAUUUACUAUUCAGUCUGGUGGUGGUGUAAUCUAUCUUGUGAACCUGUCUCCUCUUUUCAUGGAUGUGUGAAUGUGUGUCUGCACCUUGAUUAGUGUGCUGGUACACAUAUGGGUGGUUGUGCAAAAAGGAUUAGAGGUGUUCAGCCCAUUUAUGUGUGCAUGCUUUAAUGUGUGUGUGUGAGUGUAGUGUACUUCAAAUGUGGGUGUGUGUGUCUGUGUGUGUGUGUGUGUGUGCGCGUGCGUGUGUUUGUAAUGUGAUCUGUUGUCUUAACAGCCAAAAUAUCUUAUGAAGGAUGUAACCUCCCUCUUGCCUCUCUCUCUCGUACCUCUCAAGCUUAUGUAAGAUCUGUGUAUGUCAAUAAAAGACUGUAUUAAGAAAUACACCUGUAUAGAAUAAAGAUAUAUAAAUAUAUGGGAAAUAACACAUAAUAAAGAUAUAUGGAAAAA